AUGGCUGAUCGACUGGUUCCCAUUAUUUCUCUCAAAGACUUUGUGAACCGCAAAGAAGAGAUAACCAAACAACUCGUCAAAGCUGCCGAGACCGCCGGAUUCUUGACAUUGGUUGACCAUGGCAUCACAGUCGACGAGAUAGAGAAGCAAUUUGCUAUCUCCAAAUCAUUCUUUGACCUGCCUGCUGAGUCCAAGGGCAAGACGCCUCAUGACAGUAAAUCAAAUAAUGGCUGGGAAUACAAAGCCCAACUUCGUCCGAGUACGGGAACUUAUGAUCAGAAAGAGUCUCUCUGGUUGCAACGUGGAUCUCAGUGGCCAAGUGAAGAGGAUGUGCCUGGAUUCCGAGAUGCUACCAAGGAGUUCAUGGACAAAUGUGCUAUAAUUUCAAACCAAGUUUUAUCUUGCCUCGCCAUAGCUCUCAAUUUCCCCGAAAAUUAUUUUCUCACGGCCAACGACCCCAGCGAGCCCGACUGUCUCACCCAACUCCGUCUAAUCCACUACCCAGCCUCGGAAAAUACGCCAGAGGGGACAUGGCGCGCUGGCAGCCACACAGACAUUGGAAUUUUGACUCUGCUAUUCCAGCGAGAAGGCGAAGAUGGCCUGGAAAUUUGCCCUGGUCGAGAGUCUCACAGCAGCUUUGCCAUGGGAGAUGUAUUCACUCCUCUGCCUGCUCAUACGGGACCGAUCGUCGUUAAUAUAGGGGAUAUGCUUAUGGCCUGGUCCGAUGACCGCUUGAAAUCCAAUUUCCAUCGUGUGCGGGCUAAGGAUGCGGGCAAGACGCCUUCGCGAUACUCCAUCGCCUACUUCAAUCAGGGACGUCGAGGCUUUGUUCUUCAGGGGCCACAGAAGAAGUACCCUCCCAUGACCGUUGGAGAGUAUUUUAUCCAGUCUGUCCAGAGGAACUUUGCGAGACAACAGGCUAUUGCUGCGUGA